CGUCUAUCUACUAUUCGCUGCAUACCAUAUUGCGCGGGAUCGGAUUCCCUGCCUGCAUUCAAUACCAGUGUUGCAUUCAGGUCUUCCCUGUCCGGAGUUCAAGUCAGUGCAGAACUGCGACUGGCCUCGCAACUGGACUUUGAAGGCACUUUCUCUUGAUACCCCCUUAUUCGCCAAAAAUAAUUAUAUACCAGCAUGGCUACCCCAAUUGUGUCGACUCCCGUCAAGACCCAUCAUGGGAUCUUCUCCACUAAGACGGCCGGAGGCCGCAUGCCUCUCACGCCUUCACCGCGCACCCACGCAGGAAGUGUGACGUCAAACCACUCGUCUCCAUUCACACCUCCCUGUGGGGCUCAAGAAACAGGCAAAGAACAUGGCAAGUCUGUCUACGGCGGUAACCUCUCUUCAUAUUUCGCCAAGUCCGUCUCGAGGACAGCCCGCACCUACCGCGAAUCCCCUAAGUCCAACAUCGCCCGUGCCCGCACUCGCAAGUCACCAAGGCACCUUGAACUGGGCGUAUCCGAAUGGGCCCUGACUGGUACUGGUCCUUCGUCACAAACUCCAUCAAAGGAGCGGCUACGGAAGGAAGUGACUAGGAAGGAAGUGGUUAAGGAGGUGACUAAGAAGGAGGUGCCCCGCAAAGAAGCACCCAGGAAGGAGGUGGCUCGGAAAGAGGUGACCCGGAAAGAGGUGCCUAGGAAAGAGGUUUCUAGGAAAGAGGCGCCCAGAAAAGAGAUCUCUACUCGUACUACGAGGUCAGGAAAGACAACCGUUCGCAUUCCACACACCGCGGGUGACAGAUUCAUUCCGAACCGUACCGCCAGCGAGGGUCUUGUGACAGCAGGCACAGCCAAGCCAGAGGAAAGCCAACGACCGAAGACCAGCAGCAAUGACGGGUCCUCCGUCCUGGCGAGUGCUGCCAGUGCUUUUGACAUUGGUGGCCGCGGAACCGAGGAAGACAUCACUGCAGCUCUCGAAAGCCUUGGGCUCGAUGAUGGCGAGACAACAACAUCAUACACCAAGCCAGCACCGGAUGCUGUAGCGUAUGAGUCGUCGCUGGCUGAUGCUUGUGGCGUCAACCUAAACACUCGCAUUCUCGCCUUCAAGCCUCCACCUCCGGAGUCGUCUAAGCCGAUCGACCUGCGUGCCCAGUAUAACCGCCCUCUGAAGUCUGCCAAGUCUCAGUCCGCUCAGUUCCGCAGAAGAGUCCAGACAGCUCCAGAGCGUGUUCUUGAUGCUCCCGGACUUGUCGAUGAUUACUACCUCAAUCUGUUGGAUUGGAGCUCUGGUAACCAGGUUGCCAUUGGUUUGGAGCGCAAUGUUUACGUCUGGUCGGCUGAAUCGGGAUCGGUCAGCUGCUUGUUGGAGACCUCACCCGACACAUACGUGAGCAGUGUAAAGUGGAGUGGUGAUGGCGCUUAUGUUGGCGUUGGUUUGGGAACCGGUGAGGUUCAAAUCUGGGAUGUCGAGGAGGGAACCAAGCUUCGUAGUAUGUUUGGUCACGACUCGCGGGUGGGUGUCAUGGGCUGGUCCAAGCACACUCUGUCCACUGGCGCCCGCAGCGGUCUGGUGUUCAACCACGACGUUCGCAUCGCACAGCACAAGACUGCCGAGUUGGUCUCGCACACCUCUGAAGUCUGUGGCCUGGAGUGGAGGCCUGACGGCGCCCAGCUCGCUACCGGUGGUAACGACAACCUGGUCAACAUUUGGGAUGCCCGGUCCCUCAGCACCCCCAAGUUCACCAAGACCAACCACCGCGCCGCUGUCAAGGCUCUCAGUUGGUGCCCCUGGCAACUGAACCUGCUUGCCACUGGUGGAGGUUCAUACGAUCGUCACAUCCAUUUCUGGAACACCACUACCGGUGCUCGUACAAACAGCAUCGACACCGGCUCCCAGGUCACCAGCUUGAGGUGGAGCAACCACUACCGCGAAAUUGUCAGCUCGAGUGGUUUCCCCGAUAACUCUCUGAGCAUCUGGAGCUACCCCACUCUGGUCCGAAACGUCGAGAUUCCGGCCCAUGAGACUCGUGUUCUGCACAGCUGCCUCAGUCCAGAUGGCCAGCUCCUGGCCACUGCAGCCGCUGAUGAGAGCUUGAAGUUCUGGAAGAUCUUUGAGCGCAAACCCGGAACAAGCGCCUCCGCCUCCCGGGAGGGUGGUGUUGGCAGCAAGGCUGAAAUGACCAAGUCUAUGACCAUUCGGUAGAUUGGUCGGUCGCCUUCAAUCUCUCUUCGCAUUCUGUUACUUUCUUUUUGAUGGUCAUAUUUUGGGUUCGAUAUCGUGGACCGAAAUUGUCUAGAUAUCUUUGGUUUUAUCGGUGUUCGGUACAUUGGGGAAAGGUUCGGGUUAUGGAGUGGAAGGGGAGUUCAUUGGUAACCGGCGUCUGUAUCUAGGUUCAACCGUAUAAUAGCUGCUCUUGUAUAGAAAGUCGCAUACUGUGUAAUCACGGCUUGUUU